ACAACAUUAAAUAACUCCACAUCCAGUCGGAGAGAACACACUGGACACAGGGAGCUAAUUUUGGAGUCAAGCAGCCACCUGCUCAUGCCUCUCACCGAGCUGUAGACUCUUGUGGCGAAGGGACGGAGGCGGCGGCACCAGCAGUGCAAGGAGGUCCGCUGAAGGAGCACCGUGUGUCCAGGGGAGAAUGUCAGGGAGCAACCAGCUACAGGACCUGGUGCUCAUUAAAGAACUGGAACUCAUCUUGGAUUCCUGCACGCUCGAGCUCACACCAGUGGAUGAAGUCUGGCCCAACCUGUACAUAGGAAAUGUGGCUGUCGCACAGAACAGAAAGACAUUACAUAAGCUCAGCAUCACUCAUGUCCUGAACGCAGCACACGCCAAGCAGGGCAGCAUCGGUGACCAGACUUUUUAUGGGAACACCUGCGUUUACUUCGGCAUCCCAGCAGAGGAUUCGGACCACUUUGACCUCAGCCAGUACUUCAAACAUGCAGCUGACUUCAUACACACGGCCCUGAAAAGCAAAGACGGAAAAGUGCUGGUGCAUUGCAUCAUGGGCGUGAGUCGUUCAGCCACUUUGGUCCUGGCGUACUUGAUGCUUCGGCAGCGUCUCUCUCUGAGAGAUGCCCUGAGGCAUGUCGUCCAAAAACGAGCCAUUUAUCCCAACAGGAACUUCCUGUCCCUCCUCCUCAAGCUGGACGAGCAGCUGACCCGCAAAAGGAGGUUGUGUCCUCUUCUCUGACGUCCCUUUUUCUCUCUUUUCUUUGCUCCUUCAUUUCAUUUGUCACCUCAAGGCCUCUCCAUGUGCUACACUCCAAUUUAACCAGUACCUGCAGCAUUUGUAAAUAAUAAUCAGAAUGAUGUAGUCAGAGCUGUGAGUCUGAAGAGAAUCUAUAUUUUAUUUAUAUGGUUGUUUACUUUCAUUGCACAAGUGCUCAUGUUGUGACUUUUUCAUUAUUGUAAAUAUCUAGUUACAGUCAUAUUAACACGUAAUACUUCUCUGGGUUUGUUUUUCAUAUUCAAACUGUAUCUGCUGUGUAAAUACAGCUUUGUGAUUGUUGUAAUAUUCAUUAAAGACAUUUUGUUAUA